AUGAAUACACAUGACCUAUAAUCACACACGUACACACUAAAUUUAGAAAAAAUAUCCUUAAAGGAAAACAACAACAAAUGGACUGUGUGGUGAUGGCUUGUGGUAAAGUCCUGGCUGUGAGAGUGUUAGGACCUGAGUUUGAAUCCCCAGGACUCAGGUAUAAACUGACAUGGCAGAGACACAUCUGUAAUGUCAGCAAAGCAGAGACUGGAGAAUCCCCAAAGGCUUGUGGACCAGCUAGUCAGUUGUAUUCAGGAGUGAAUGAGAGACCUGGUCUCAAAUACAGUCAAAGGGGAUAGUGGUGGUGUUGGGACCCUCGCCAGUGAUGGCACCAGCCGGGUCAGCCUCCCCUUUGGUCUGAAGUGAGGUCUGGGCUGACAUGGAGGAGGAAAAUAGGUGGCCAGCUGUGCAUCAGUCUCCUAUGGAUAAUGAGCAGUCAACACCAACAUUGUAUGUAUCUGUGUCUCCUGGAAAUAGUGGAGUUCAUCAGCCACCAGCCACUCAACAUUUAUCAAGGAUGUCAAGGCCUUUUAUGUUAUCUGCUGAGGAAUCCAGGCAGAAUGAGGGUGAAGGGGAGUCACAGUUCAUCAUGUCACUACCUGAGCAUAGUGGGAGGUACUCCUCCCUGCCAGGGAUGGCAUAUAAGAUGCCUGACAUGCUGCCAGCCAAAACUGGAGAUAAUGGACCCAAGAUUGUGGACCGCCAACCCUCCAAGCUUUCCCCUCCAGAUCUUCUGCUUUGCAUGCCUCUAGAAGCCAAGACACCAUCUAACCACCAACCAGGGAGAAUGAUUGACUCAGGAUCCCACAUGCUGCCCUUAGGGAGUCCAGGUAUUCUGGGAGUGACCAUAGCCUUUAGAGCGAAUCUGAUGCCUCGCAGUGGCCUGCCAGGCUCAACUUCUAGUGGAGUCCCAGUAAUGGCCCACAGCAGUGCCGCAACAAUGCCUUAUUCUGCCUCCUCAGUAGUACCUGCUACAAUGGGCUCUUUAAAUUGCGGAAUAUUAUUGGUCCCAGGCAUGCCUUCCACUGUGACCCAGACCAUGUCCCCCUCUAUGGAUCAGACAUUGACCUUAAAUCUCUACCACCCUGGGAUACCUCCACCUGGGCUCCAGCCAUUGCCAGCUUUAGAAUCCCAGGACUCAUUUGAGACCCAGUCAAAUCGCCUGGAAGAACCUUUCAUUCAUGAAAAGCCCACGGGAACAGAGAACCCCAGGGUUCCAGGAUGGGCACGCAGGAAGCCUCCCCCACUUUCAAGGCCUUACCCCUGUUCAUACAACAACUGUGGAAAAGCUUAUACCAAGCGCUCUCACCUCAUGAAUCACCAACGCAAACACACAGGUGAGAAGCCCUACAUAUGUGACUGGGAGGGCUAUACAUGGUCUUUCUUCCGCUCUGAUGAGCUUGGACGGCAUGGAUGGAUCCACACCAGAGAUCGACCACAUAAAUGCAAGGACUGUGGCCAGCAGUUCAUGAGAUCUGACCAUCUCAAGCAACACCAAAAAAACACUUACUCAUCAGAUUUCCUGACACCUAAGACCAACAGUGGACCCACAGAUGGACAGAUAGGUGGUCCUCUUGCUCCUGGUCAGAGGCUUUAG